GCGUGGCCACUCCUUGGAUCCUUAGGACCUCGUAGUGAUCUUUGCCCCACCACACCUCAGCUCUGACAGACUACGUGCCAGGAAAUUUUGUCUGCACUGAGCUACCAGCUGAGUUCCAACCCUCUGGAGUGGCUGCUUCAGACUAGGAAGCACCGUCCUUAGCGGCAAGGGAACCAUGGACCACAGUGUGGAUCUGGCGAGGCAGGAGAGGCCCAGUCUUCGUCUGGAAAAGCUACAGCACUGGGCAAGACACAGGCAAAGUGGAUACCUACUGGUGGUGGCGGUGAGCCAGCUCUGGCUGGCCAUAGCCACGGUGCCCUUCACGAUCUCAGUGGCCUGCUUGAGCUCUGCCUGUCACAUGGCCACAGCACUGCCGCUCUGGCCUGGAGCCUCGGGUCUCCUCACUGGGAUCAUCACCCUUGAGCUUCGCAGAGCACCCUGUUUCUGGAAGGUGCGGGCCAUGAUGAUAUCCAACACCUUCAACCUGAUCUUGGGCUUCAUCGUGGUGGUGAUAGAAGUGACGAAGACAGCCUUGGGGCCUGCCCCUACUGGCCCCACCCAGGAACAGGUGAAUAAAGAGAAAGGUACAAGGGAGGAGAAAUGGUGGAAGAAAACGGACUGUACCCCCCAAAGCAUCCUCACCCUGCUACCUGCAGCUGACAGGGUUGCUGGUGCUAGAACUCAGCGUGGAGGCCUUCACCCUAGGAGGAGUGCUGGUCUCAACAUACGCCCUGUUCUUGCUGAGCCAGAGGAAGCAAGGAUGCUUCACGAGGUCAAGUCUGCACUACCAGGAGCUACCGGAGGGUCUCUCUGAGAUGGAGGAGGUUUCCGGUUUGGAGGAUGGUCCCAUGGUGGCUAGCACCCGAAACAGAACAGAUGAAUGAGUGGCCACUGCCCUCCUCCACCAAAGGGGGCAUUCUCCUGGCACUUUCGCGUCGUGCCCCUCCCUCGGACUAGAACUGAACUCCCCAAAGAUGUGCGUGAAGCCCACAGGAGUGCCCUCAGUUUUUCCUCAAACCAGGCCCAGCUCUCUUCUCUUUCCCACUCGAGGAAGAUCUUGUCACCUUGUUUCUAGUCAAGCUGCUUCCUCCCUUGCAUUCUUGGCCUCCUUCCUCCCUGCCUCUCCAUCCAGAUUCACAUCUGCCUCAUCUCACUGUUUCCGUCUGUUCACCUUUCACAAUCCCAUCCACUCCGAGCCCAGCUGCUGCACCCGCCAACCCAGAAUCCGCGUCGGUUGUGCUCCGGGUCUCCCUUGGAUCCGGGUCCUGCUAAGUCACUGGAGACUACAAUUCCCAGGAUGCCCCGCUACCCCGUGACCUACUGGAAAAUAAAGAGCCUUCCCUCGGCGGCGGGGGCGCUGUGCA